UGGUAGUCAAUUUCGAAUACAUUCGAAGCCGGCGUGGCGCUGCGCAACAAUUCGCAAUACAACAGCCGGGAUUUCAAAUGUUGCGUGCGGUCGAAAGACAGCCGUCCAUUCAGCACGCAGUCAUUAGUCGUCGUUCCCGUUGAAGAAAGUUAUGGAAUACUGUGGAUUUCUCUCUGCGCGCAGUGGCUCCGACGACAUUGUUGCGACAAUGCGACUCUGACAGCGUGUACGAAUGAAGGGCAGCGUCUUUCUGCGAAUAAUCAGUCGGGCCAAACAAGUGGUUUCGCGCCGAUACGUAAACGUGACUACCAUGGCGAAAAGUAAGUUUGAAUAUGUGAAGGAAUUUGAACGGGACGACCAUUGUUUGCCGAACUGCUGGAUUGUGGUUAGAAUAGACGGCAGGAAUUUCUCCAAGUUUUGUGAGACGCAUCAAUUCGUCAAGCCAAACGAUGUAGCCGCUCUGGAGCUGAUGAAUCGCGCCGCGAUCACUGUCAUGGAAGACUUUAAAGAAAUUAUAUUGGGAUUUGGCCAAAGUGAUGAGUAUUCGUUCGUUUUCCGGAAGGACACUGAGCUCUAUAAACGCCGAGCAUCAAAACUGAUGUCAAAUGUAAAUUCUUUAUUCACUUCAGCAUAUGUAUAUCAUUGGCCACGCUUUUUAAGAGGGAAAGAAUUGUAUUAUCCACCUUCAUUUGAUGCUCGUGUUGUAUUGUAUCCAACAGACAAAAAUUUAAGAGAUUACCUAGCUUGGCGACAAGCUGAUGUACACGUUAAUAACUUGUACAAUACUUGUUUUUGGAAUCUCAUAUUAAAAGGAAAAUUAACUCCUAGUCAGGCAGAAGAAAAACUGAGGGGUACUCUUUCGUCGCACAAAAAUGAGUUACUUUUUCAAGAGUUUGGUAUAAAUUAUAACAAUGAACCACCAUUGUUUCGGAAGGGCACAAUGCUUAUUCGGAAAUUAGUGCCUGAUGUUACAGGAAGAUUAAAACCUGCUGUGGUCCCUUUGGUAGAUGAUAUUAUCAAUGAUCGUUUUUGGAAGGAAAAUCCCGAAGUAAUUGGUUUGAAGAGUUUAGCAACUUACCAAGUACCUAACUUGGCAAAUAGUAUUAAAAAUACAAUGCCUGUACCCACGCCCCCAUCGCCCACUGUAAACAUAAAACAUGUAAACAAUGUUCCACCACCACCACCACCUACACAAACGAUUAACGCAAAUUCGAUGAACGAGGAAGUACAUUCUAAAAGAAACCGAGAGACGGACGGAGAUAGAAUGCAGUGUGACGGAGAACGCAUUUGUAGGAGAUAAGUGUAUGUGUGCUUUUUUUCUUUUAUACGAAUUCUAAUUAAAUUGAAAUAAGAAACUGUAUUUAUAUCUAUAUUAUGUUAUAGGUAUAAAAGUACUAUGAAUAUAUACAAGAAAUUUUAAAU